AUGUUAUCAUCUUUAGCACGAAAAUUUUGUCCGAUAACUUCACGAAUACAACAAGUAUUUUCUACGAAUGGAUUUUCUCCAUUCGGACUUUUAAAUCAUCAAAAUUUUCCAAGUCAAAUUAUACCACCAUCACAAGCAACGAAUAUUUUUGGAACUCAAGUUCGUUUCAGAGCUUAUGGAAGAGAAUAUCAACCAAGUAAUUUAGUUAGAAAACGCAGGCACGGAUUUUUAGCAAGAUUAAAAAGUAAAACGGGGAAAAAAAUUCUUGCAAGACGACGAUUAAAAGGUCGUAAAUAUUUAUCACAUUAG